AUGUCCCUCAGCAGAGACCUCCUCUUCUUGAUUCGACAGUUCUGCAAGGACGAGAACCUCCACAAAACUGCUCAUAUGCUCGAGCAAGAGACUAGUUUCUACUUCGACAUGAAUUAUUUUGAAGAGCUGGUAUUGAGUGGAAAUUGGAGCGAGGUAGAGGCUUAUUUGUCGAGCUUCACAACACCCGAUAGCAACGAGUAUUCUAUAAAGAUGUACUUCGAAAUCAGAAAACAAAAGUUUCUUGAGGCACUAGACAGGCAAGACUUGGCUUUGGCACUAGACAUCCUGCUGAAAGAUUUGAAAUGUUUUGCGUCAUCAAAUGAACACCUGUACAAAGAAAUGGCUUGGCUCCUAACAAUGGAAGACUUCAGAAAACACCAUUCGCUCUCCACGUAUGGAGAUAUUAUAUCUGCUAGAAGACGAGUCAUGGAUGAAGUUAAGGCACUCCUUGAAGCAAAUCCCCACUUCCGCCGGAAAAUAAAGCUUCCUAACAUGGAGACCACACGGUUACGGCGGCUCAUCAACCAGAGUUUGAACUGGCAGCAUAGUCAAUGUGGACGUUCUGAGUGUGUGCCCCAAAUCAAUUCCCUUUUGUUUGAUCACAAAUGUACUGGUCAACUAAACGACCAAAUCCCAUUGUCCUUUCAAGCUAUCUCAGUAUCAAAAUCUCCGCUUGUUGGCAAUUCGAAUUUUCCACUAUUUAGGUUGCCUGACUCUCAAAUUUCAUCCAGUGCUAUCAACCCUACAAAUCAAAACAACCUCGUUGUGACUUCGGAGGCUAUCAAGGAUUCCACCAAUGCCUUUAGAAUAUUCUCGAGGAUGCCUGUGGAUAAGGUUGUGUCACAAACAAAUGUUCCAGUUCAAAGCCAGAAUUUGGAUGUUAAUUGUCCUGAGGACUUACCUGGAAAGGUUGAACGUUUUGGAAGCAUCAAUGGUGAAACAGAAUUGUGGGAUGUCCGCUCUGAGAUUGAUUAUAAUCAAAAUCCCAAAAUUUCAGUUAAUCGUGUUUUAUGGAGCCCAGAUGGUUCAAUCUUUGGUGUUGCAUACUCAAAACAAAUUGUCCAGUUGUAUUGUUAUCAUGCUACUGGUAAUUACAUCGAAAAACAAUUGGAGAUCGAUGCUCACUUGGGAGGGGUACACGAUCUUGCAUUCUCUUCGCCAUACGAUCAAAUUCUUGUAAUUACGUGUGGAGAGGACAAACUCAUUAAGGUGUGGGAUAGUAUGACUGGUUCCAAACAAUACAUAUGUGAAGGUCAUGGUGCCCCUGUGUACUCGCUGUGCGCUCAUCUGAAGGAAGAUAUCCAUUUUGUAUUUUCUACAUCAACAAAUGGUGAGAUAAAAGCGUGGAUGUUUGACAAUGAUAACACAGGACCAAGGGUUGCCCUUGAUGCACCUGGCCAUUCUUGCAUGAGAAUGGCCUAUAGUGCUGAUGGUAAAAGGCUGUUUUCUUGCGGGACAAACGAAGAUGGAGACUCAUAUUUAGUUGAAUGGGAAGACACUGAAGGUUUUAUAACCCAAAGCUACGAUGGGCUCUCUAAGUCUUCUGCAGCCAUAGUGCAAUUCAGCACAUGCAGAAACAGGUUUUUGGUUGCUGGUGACGAGCAUUUACUCAAAUUUUGGGACAUGGACAAUGUCAAUAUUUUAGUCUCUCUUGACGCUGAUGGGGGCCUACCUGCAAAGCCUUAUGUUUGCUUCAACAAAGAAGGCACUCUUUUGGCUGUCUUUGCUGAUGAUAGUAAGAUCAAAAUCUUGGCAAAUGAUAUUGGUACCCAAUUGCUGCAGACUUUGCCUUCUGGCUCUGUUGAUUCGACAGGACGUCCUUGCAGAUCAUCAGGGAAGGAUGAUCAAAACAUGAAAUGUCUAGGAAUUUCAGAGCUAAACAACCAACUGAGCACUAAGGAAUAUGCAAAACCUACGCAAGUUUCGCAGUGCAAAUCCCUGAGGCUCACAGCUGAAUUUAAGACAAACAGGAUAUGUAGGUUGCUAUACACUAACGCAGGUAACGGAAUAUUGGCUUUAGCAGCAGAUGGCAUUCAUCUAUUCUGGAAGUGGCCAGGAAAUGGGUAUAACAAUUAUGGCCAGGCAACAACAAAUCGUCCCCCUUGUCUUUGGCAUCCGAAGACUGGAUCAGUUAUGGUCAAUGACCUCAACAAUGACCCAUAUCAAAUAGUCUCACCAUGCUUUGCAUUAUCCAAGAACGACUCUUAUCUUGUAUCAGCAUCAGGAGGGAUGGUUUCAUUGUUCAACAUUGUAAACUUUGAGAAAGUGAGGCGUUGCCUGCUGCCUCCACCUACAGCUACAUGCAUGGCAUUCUACCCUCUAGAUAACAACCUAGUUGCUAUUGGCAUGGACGAUUCAACUGUUCUCAUCUACAACGUACGAGACUCUGAGCUUAUGAACAGGCUUUCUGGGCACUUGAAAAGGGUUAGCGGCUUAGCAUUUUCGAACUCAUUAAAAGUGCUGGUCUCUGCUGCAGUAGAUUCUCAGAUCAUUGUCUGGGAUACAAUAGCGUGGGAGAAAAAGAAAAGCAUCUCGAUGCAGAUAUCAGUUGGGUGGUGGCUGCCAUCAGAAACCUCAGAGACCGUUAUCCAAUUUCACAAGGAUCAAUUGCACUUUCUUGCAAUCCACGAGACUCAACUUGCAAUGUAUGAAUCAAGAAGUCUAGACCGCAUCAGACAGUGGAACACGAGAGACUUCUGUGCAAGGAUUUCGAGUGGAACAUUUUCAUGCGACAACCAGCUGGUAUUUGUUGUCAUGAGAGAUGGAAUUGUUAUGAUACUCAGCGCCUUAGAUCUGAGUCCAAAAUUUCGGAUUGAUCCUUCUGCUUACCUUCCGCCUAGUAGUGGUCAUCAUGUAUAUCCAGUGGUGAUAGCAGCUCAUCCACAGAAGUCGAACCAAUUCGCCUUGGGGCUGAGUAAUGGCGAUGUAAUCGUUGUUGAGCCUCAUGAGUCUGAAGGAAAGUGGACAAUAUUACCACCAUUUCACAAUGGACCAAGAAAUAGGAUAAUCAUAGAUUGAAGUUCAGUCCAUCCUCUCAAAAGAUGAUGUGUUCAACAUAGUUUGCAUACUUCAGAUUUCAAAAUAAUUA